AUGGAAACUUCGAAUAAUGAGGAGCCCCCAUCUAUCCCGUCGAUAAACAUCGUGACAGACCUCGCGUCGACGACCUCGCUGGUCAACCAGGACACCAGCCAGCGCACUGCCUCCAAUGCUGCUCUACUGUCCCCGCGAACCACAUUCAACACGCACGAUGCACCGGCGUCACCAGCAGAGUCUGACGCCGGGUCGAUGUCUUCAGCACCACCGUCCCCAACCCUCUCCAGCCAUUCCACUGGGCAGUUCAACACGACCCUCGUAUUGCGGGACAAUAAGCCAGAAACCAAGACCGGUCUUUCAUCUCUUGCCCUCCUCAGCCCAGAGGACGCGUCAAUAACCAGCGGGUCCCAUCUUCGCCGACCGAGUAACGCCACGUUUGCAAGUGUAACGGAAGUAGAGGGCUCGGACCAUGGUCGGUCUGAUGUUGACCUUCGGCAUGUCCCCUCGACCACCACCUCUGUCACUCAUGUUGACAACAGCUCCAGUAAAAUCGACAAGAGCGAUGACGAGUCCGCGGAUGGAAAGAAGAAGAAGAAGAAAUCUAAGAAGGACGAUGAAUCCGAGGGGAAGACGAACCAUCAGCUUGAACUCGAGCAAGACGCCGCUAUCGACCCGACCCCAUUCCCUUUCAAGCCGUUCCAACUUGCUCAUAUGUUGGACCCGAAGAACUUGGAUACUCUUGUUAGUUUCGGUGGUCCCGCUGGCUUGAUUUCCGGACUUGGAACGGACGCAGAUCGUGGCCUGUCAACCCAUCCCGACUUCACCUCAAACCCCGCCGCAUCUGCAUCGAAACAGAGUUUGGGUGCGGGUGCGGGUACCGCCCAACGUCACGACUCAGAGGCGUUGGAGGCCGUUCCCGCGAUAACCCUAACGGCUCCCAGUGGCGCUGUCAGCUCUCCAUCUCCAUCAGAAGGGCCGACCAAAGCACAACCCGUUGUCGCAACUUACGACGACAGGAGGCGCGUCUAUGGAUCGAAUAUAUUGCCCACCCGUCCCAGCAAAACCCUUCUCCAGUUGAUGUGGCUGGCUCUCAAGGACAAGGUGUUGAUUCUUCUAUGCUUCGCUGCUGCUAUCUCUCUGGCCCUGGGUAUUUUCCAAGCGCUGAGGCCCAAACCAGAAGGUCAUGACGAACCUGCUGUCGAAUGGGUUGAAGGUGUCGCUAUCAUCAUUGCUGUGUCCAUUGUGGUUAUUGUUGGCUCUCUGAAUGAUUGGCAGAAGGAACGACAGUUCAAAGUCUUGAAUGAACGGAAAGAGGAGCGGGGUGUCAAAGUUAUUCGGGAUGGCCAAGAGAAAGAGGUUCUUGUUGGUGAUAUCGCGUUGGUUGAGCCUGGAGAAAUUCUUCCUUGCGAUGGCAUCUUCCUGUCUGGUCACAAUGUCAAAUGCGAUGAAUCGGGUGCGACCGGCGAAUCCGACGCAAUCAAGAAGGUCACCUACGAGGAAGUCAUCCAACUUCACCAGAAGGCCAGGGCGGAAGGCAAAGAUCCCCAUCUCUUGCACAGCGAUUGCUUCAUGAUCUCCGGAAGCAAAGUCCUUGAAGGUGUUGGCAAGUAUGUUGUUGUUGCUGUUGGUCCGAAAAGCUUCAACGGUCGUAUCAUGAUGGCACUUCGGGGUGACACUGAGAACACACCUUUGCAACUGAAACUCAACAAUCUCGCCGAGUUGAUCGCUAAAAUCGGUUCCGCCUGCGGCCUGAUUAUGUUCACCGCCCUCAUGAUUCGAUUCUUUGUUCAGCUGGGCCGUGGUAUUCCGGAAAGAACUCCCGACGAGAAGGGAAUGGCAUUCGUCAACAUUCUGAUCAUUUCCGUAACUCUCGUGGUCGUCGCCGUUCCCGAAGGUCUCCCCCUUGCUGUUACCCUGGCUCUCGCUUUUGCGACCAAGCGUAUGACAAAGGAAAACCUGCUCGUCCGAGUCCUCGGUUCCUGCGAAACUAUGGCUAACGCAUCCGUCGUCUGCACUGACAAAACUGGUACCCUCACCACGAACUCAAUGACGGUCGUGGCUGGAUCCGUCGGUGUCCACUGCAAGUUCGUUCGGCGAUUGGAAGAGAAUGCUGCCCGAACCAAUGCCGAUGAGGUUGAGAAAUCGUCGUCCGGCGCCGUCGCUAUCAAGUCCCGGAAAGACUUUUCCUUGGACCAGGCAGAACUUAACACAGCCCUCCCACCUUCCGUGCGCGAUCUCUUCAAUGAAGCCAUUGCGGUCAACUCCACGGCUUUCGAAGACGUUGAUCCUGAAUCUGGGGAGACCGUCUUCAUUGGUAGCAAGACAGAAACCGCUCUCCUUCAAUUCGCUAAGGAACUCGGCUGGGCCAACUUCAAGCAAACGCGUGAUGCCGCAGAAGUUGUUCAAAUGGUUCCCUUCUCCAGCGAACGCAAAGCCAUGGGUGUCGUUAUCAAGCUUCCCAACGGUGGUUAUCGCUUCUACGCCAAGGGUGCCUCCGAAAUCUUGACUCGGCGUUGCGUCAACCACAUCGUCGUCCAGAAGAAUGGCGCUGAAAAUUCCGACAUUGUAGAGGUCACAGAGAUCGACGAGGCUGCACAACAAAAUAUCAGUCGCACCAUCAUCUUUUACGCCAACCAGACCCUUCGCACCAUUGCGCUGUGCUACCGUGACUUCCCAUCCUGGCCCCCCGCAGGCUCUAACCUCAACGAGGAGCACGAAGUCCCCUACGAAGAACUCGCCCAAGAGCUUACCCUCAUUGGCAUCACUGGUAUUGAGGAUCCCCUUCGAGAGGGUGUACGUGACUCUGUCACCAAGUGUCACCGCGCUGGUGUCUCUGUCAAGAUGUGCACCGGCGACAACGUCCUUACAGCUCGAUCCAUCGCCAACCAAUGCGGUAUUUUCACUCCCGGUGGCAUCAUCAUGGAAGGUCCUGUCUUCCGCAAGUUAACCACCCCUGAACGCAUCGAGAUUGUGCCCCGGCUGCAGGUUCUCGCUCGCUCAUCGCCGGAAGACAAGAAGGUUCUCGUCGAAACCCUUAAAUCGAUUGGAGAGGUUGUCGGCGUCACUGGUGACGGUACGAACGACGGUCCCGCCCUCAAGACUGCCAACGUCGGUUUCUCAAUGGGUAUCGCUGGUACCGAAGUUGCAAAGGAGGCAUCGGACAUCAUCCUCAUGGAUGACAAUUUCACUUCCAUCGUCAAGGCUAUCAUGUGGGGUCGCUGUGUCAAUGAUGCUGUCCGCAAGUUCCUGCAAUUCCAAAUCUCCACCAACGUCACCGCCGUCGUCAUUACGUUUGUCUCCGCCGUCGCCUCUGAAGAGGAGACUUCUGUCUUGAGUGCCGUCCAGUUGCUGUGGAUCAACAUUAUCAUGGACACUUUUGCCGCUCUUGCUUUGGCUACCGAUCCUGCUACCGAGUCCCUUCUCGACCGUAAACCCGACAAGAAGACCGCGCCGCUUUUCUCGGUCGACAUGUACAAGAUGAUUCUCAUGCAGUCCGUUUACCAGAUCUUGAUCAUCCUGCUCUUCCACUUCAAGGGCUUGGACUUCCUGAACCUUGAGCACACCGUCCAGAAUGAGCGCAUGCUCAAGUCCCUCGUGUUCAACGCUUUCGUCUUCGCUCAGAUCUUCAACUCUGUCAAUUGCCGCAGGCUUGACAACAAGCUCAACAUUUUCGAAGGUAUCUUGAAGAACCCAUAUUUCAUCGGAAUCACUCUUCUCGAGAUCGUAAUUCAAGUUGUUAUCAUGGUCGUCGGUGGUGAAGUUUCCGGCCUCGGUGCCGCAUUCUCCGUCACCAAGAUCGGUGGCCGUGAAUGGGGUAUCUCGCUCGCCUUGGGUGUCGUCUCCAUCCCUUGGGGCGCUGUCAUUCGAUGCCUCCCCAACAAGUACUACUACAAGUUCUUCGACGCUCUCGGUUUGUUCGGCAAGCCCGAAGUCCUCCCCACGACUGCUCCUGGUCGCGAAGGAUGGGGUGGCGCAUUCUCCAUGGUCCAAGACAACCUCAAGACCUUCGCCAACAUCCGUGGCGCCCGCCUUCGCUCUUCGUCUUUCGCUAUGAAAUCCCGCAACGCCCGCCCUGACCAAGACCCCGCCCCUGUCACUUCCAUCAUGACGAUUGCACCCACGAUGAUUAUGGCCGCCGCCGUUGCAGGCGCUACGUAUAAACAAUCUGGCUCACUCUCCGACCCUGCGGGCACCGACCCAUCCAAAUCGUCUGCUGCCCUCUGGGAAGGCAAACUACAGAUUCACCCUGAUACGCCUCAAGAUGAUCCUGUCUAUCAACACAUCUCCGCCGCUAAUAGGGCUGGUGGCACGUAACGACCGCGGCAUGGCGCCGCUGUCUGCAAGGGGAGGACAUAUCCAGCUACGCUGCUGAUGUACAGUAUUCUCGCCGUCAAGCCAAAAAAUGAUCGGCGAGUGGCGACAGUGCCGCGCUGUAAUCUUUUUGGAAGCAGAAAGCGCUGUCACCAACCGAAAUCCUCCCUACCUUACAUUUAUAUGAUAUCCAACGUACUUACACUAAUCGCAUAGACAUAUAGUUACGAUUGUCUUGAACGCUCUUUUUUGGGUCUGUCAUUUACCAUUAUUUUGCAAGC